AUGCCAACAGAGAUCAUGGUGCAACCAUUACUGGAGAAUCAGACCAGUGUUUUAAUAUUUACACUCUCAGGUCUUAAUGAAACAAUGGAAAACAGAUAUGUAUUUUUUUCUUUCACAGCACUGUUUUAUCCACUUAUGGUGUUUUGUAACGUAACAAUAAUUUUCACUAUAAUCUCAUAUAAGAAGCUUCAUGAGCCGAUGUAUGUGUUUAUAUGCAAUUUGUGUAUAAAUGCGAUUUAUGGCACUGCUGGAUUCUACCCUAAAUUCAUGUAUGAUUUAUUAUCCGAAGAGCAUGUGAUUUCUUAUACUGGAUGUAUGAUUCAGAUAUUUGUAAUUUAUUCAUCUGCCCUGUGUGAAGUUUCAACACUAACAGUGAUGGCAUAUGACAGGUAUGUGGCAAUAUGCAGACCACUGGAGUAUCAUUCAAUAAUGACCAAUCAGAGAGUUCUUCAAUGGAUCCUUUUCUGCUGGCUGGCCCCCAUUUUUUCUAUCACUGUUCUAAUUGUAUUAACAUCUAGACUCAUUUUAUGUGGCUCUACUAUUGAAAAGUUGUAUUGUGAGAUUUGGGCAGUUGCAAAACUUUCUUGUUUUUCUACAACAUUAAAUAAUGUGUUUGGGUACUCUGUUAUUCUAGUAUAUUGCGGACAUGGUGUAUUGAUUUAUUUCUCUUAUGUUCAGUUGAUAAAAAACUGCUUGAAGUCAAUAGAGGGCAGGCACAAAUUUAUACAAACAUGUGUACCACAUUUGCUUUCACUGAUCAACGUAACUGUUGCAUUUUUGUUUGAUGUACUGUACAGUCGUUAUGGCUCAAAAAAUGUGCCACAAGGUGUGCGUAAUUUCAUGGCCAUGGAAUUCCUACUCAUACCACCUAUUUUAAAUCCGCUUAUAUAUGGAUUAAAUCUGACAACCGUACGACAGCAAGUUAUUCACCUGUUUUUUAAGAAAAAAGUUGGAAUAUCUAAGUGA